AAGACGAAAAUGUUUUCAUUAUGCGCAGCAUGGUUUACUAACUUAAUCAUUAUAUAGUCUCCAUGCAUAAUUGUUUUACGAUUGAAUCGAAGGAGACUUUGUAAUUGGAUGAGAUAGAACUAAUAGCGAGGGCUAAAAUGAAGACGCAGUAGAGAGCAUAUCACAACUGGUUUACUAUCAGCUGCAGAUUAUCUAGUGGAGAAAUGGAUCAAGGUGACGAAACCAAGGCGUGUGUUGAAAACUUAAAUAAGGAAACUGCAGAAAUAAAUGACAAUGAGACGAAAUAUAACUUGGCUUCUGGUGAGACUGGUAUAACUGUUCCUGAGAGGAGAGAUGAGGUUAUAGAAGAAAACGACUUUUCUAAGAAGCUGAUUAUUUAUGGCGUCAACGAAGAUCCACCAAUACACGUCACAAUUGCGUGUGCACUUCAGCAUUGCUUGGCGUACUUGACUGGACAACUUGUUGUAUCAUUUCUUGUGGCAGAAGUUGUCUGUGCUUCAAAUAAUGAUGUAUUCAGGGCAAGGCUACUUAGUUCAACAAUGUUUAUGAGCGGAGUAACUACACUACUAAUGAAUUUAUUUGGAAUUAGACUACCGUUAUUUCAAGGUGCUGGCGCUGAGUUUGUUAUACCUUUAGUCUUAAUAUCGGACCUUGAGGGAACGUUUUGUUCGGGAGAUUUCAAAGCAACAGAGACGGUGAAUAUGACUAUGGGUAAUCUCACCGAUAUAAUGUCAACUGAAGAAUCGAUGGACCGAAUACUGACAAAUGUUAGAGCGUUACAAGGGAGUUUAAUGCUUGCAGGAGCAGUGCAUGCUAUGAUUGGCGGAUUUGGACUUGUUGGAAUUCUGAUAAAGAUUGUUGGACCGCUGACCAUUGUUACCACGAUGAUACUGCUUUUUAUUUUUCUGAUCAAGAUAAUUCUGCAAUUUGUGACAGUCAGUUGGGCCAUAUCAGUUUCGACUUCAGUUGUUGCUGUAGUGUUGUUUCUCUACCUGUCUCGCUACAAUACGCUUAUACCAGUAUGGACCCCAUCUGGUGGAUGCAGAAUUGUUCGUUAUCCUUUGCAUCAGAUAUUUGCUAUACUGAUAUCCAUCGUUAUCAACUGGUUUAUAUGUGGAGUUUUGACUGCGUACGAUGUGUUCCCUAAUGAUCCGUCCUCUGGUAGUUUCAAAGCCCGCACCGACGCCAGAGUUAAUGCCAUAUACGAUAAUCCUUGGUUUACAUUUCCAUAUCCAGGCCAAUUUGGAACACCAGGUUUUAGUGCUGCAGGGAUAUUAGCAUUCGCCGCUGCAGUAUUUGUCUCUAUUUUGGACUCCAUCGGUGACUAUUACGCCACAGCGAGAGUAUGCCGCGUACCGCCGCCGCCCUCACACGGAAUAAACAGGGGAAUACUUGUAGAAGGCAUCUGUACAUUUAUCUCUGGAGCUGUCGGUUGUGGGCAUGGUACAGCAACUUAUGGUGAAACAAUUGGUACAAUAGGAGUCAGUAAAGUUGCUAGCAGAAAGGUUCUUACGUUUGUUGGUAUACUCUACAUUGCAUUUGGAAUUUUUGGUAAAUUUUCGGCAGUGUUUAUAACUAUACCCUAUCCUGUUCUCGGAGGGGCUUACGUCGUCAUGGUAGGAAUAUUCCUUGGUGUUAUGAUAAACAGUUUAGAGGUAACGUCCAUGUCGUCUCCAAGAAAUAUAGCGAUUCUAGGCCUGUCUGUUUGUAUGGGAUUAGCGGUGCCAACGUGGGCACACAGUGUAGACCAACCAGUAAAUACAGGACAUGAGAAAUUUGAUCGACUUUUGUCAAUGUUUUUGAAGAAUCCAAACAUACUUGGAACAUUUUUAGCCUGCCUUCUCGACAAUACAGUCCCAGGGACGCGGAAGGAGAGAGGAAUGUUUGGUGAAAGUGGGGAGGAUUCUGUAUCUCCCUCGGGCUUGUACAAUGAGGGUGAAGAAGUUUACAAGCCUCUGUUUCCGUCUCGUUGGCUGCGUUGGAAAAUUAUGAAAUAUAUUCCGUUUCUACCGUACGAAGGUGCAAAGGAAGAAACAUGUACGAACUGGGAACUGAAUUAACAUUUUGACGACAAGUGAAAAUUCGUGUCUUGCUGGUACCGCGCUAAUGACUAUCAUUAUAUAAAUAAUGGAAGUUCAAAUAAAAAGGAAAAACUA